GCCAAGGCCGGAAGACCUGUGCCUAGCCCUCUUCUCGGUUAGGACUACGGUGGCUCCGGCGUGAUCGCUGGACCUGUAACCCGGUGAGCCCGGGGUGGCCGAUUCCUCACUGCGGCGAGUAGCCAUUACCAUGGAAAGAAGAGAGCCGGGCGGUCGGAAAUGGUGGCUCCGAGGUCUUGACUGGUGUUCUCUCCCCCAGAGCCUCGCCCAAGCCUUGGGGGCGCGGCUGCUUCCUAAUCGAACCUGCCCCCCCGCCCUCGGGAAUGGUGCCCUGAUCUGGCCCAGAGAGGUAAGGUCGUCGGGGUCCCGGACUGGCGGCCGGGGCUUGACACUGAGCAGAGAUCAUACAACUUGGCGAUGAAGUCCCUUCCAACGCCACCUCCUCCAGGAAGCCCACCCAGCCCACUCCUGGAAGUGGCGUCUCGCUCUCCUCAACACGUGAAUUCUGUGGCACGUUUAUAAGCCAAUAUUUAACGAAUGCCUCGCGGUGUUUGCCGACUUUCCCUACACAUAAUAAGAUCGGAAAGACCGGUUUUCAGACCCUGCUUUGUGACCCUGGCAAAGUCCUUUUCCCCUCUCUACGUCACUUCCCUCUGUAUAAAAUGGAGCUAACUCUCCACCAUCCUGGUUAGGUUGUUCUGAAGAUCGAAGCAGAGGAAGGCUGUAAAGUGGUGAAACUGAGCUGCUGUGAAGUUGCCAUUUCUCCACCUCCUUCCCCCUGCUGCUAAACAUUGCUCAGAUCCCUGUGUCAUUUCUUCAGGCGAUCUUUGUGACUCCCUAGCCUGGGGCCUGGAAUAAAGCCCCCUCCUCUUCCACUCCCACAAUGCCCUGCAUUUUAACUUCCCUAACAACAGGAAGAAGAGUAGUUACCAUUUAUAAAGGAUUCACUCUGCACCAGGCUCUGUGUUAAACACUUCAUCUGGAUUGUCAUUCAGUCCUCACAACAGACUUAUAAGUCAGUCGAGCAGAAAGUGGCCGCCCUCUCUCCUCGCAGAACGCUGUCCCACCGCCUUGAUGACAACACCCCCGUGUGCCUUCCCGGUUCAGGUCCGGCAGCCCUCGGUCCACGGCCUCUCCCAGAUCACCAACAGCCUGUACAUCAGCAGCGGGGUGGCUGCCAACAACAAGCUCCUGCUGUCCAGCAGCCACAUCACCACUGUCAUCAACGUCUCGGUGGAGAUGGUAAACACCGUCUAUGAGGACAUCCAGUAUUUGCAGGUGCCUGUGGCCGAUGCGCCUAGUGCUCGCCUUUCUGACUUCUUUGACCCCAUCGCCGACCACAUCCACGGUGUGGGCCUGGGGCAGGGCCGCACACUGCUGCACUGCGCCGCCGGCGUGAGCCGCUCGGCCACCCUCUGCCUUGCCUACCUCAUGAAGUACCAUGCCAUGUCCCUGCUGGAUGCCCACACGUGGACCAAGUCACGCCGGCCCAUCAUCCGGCCCAACAACGGCUUUUGGGAGCAGCUCAUCCGCUAUGAGUUCCAGCUGUUUGGCAAGAACACAGUGCACAUGGUCGACUCCCCGAUGGGCAUGAUCCCUGACAUCUAUGAGAAGGAGGUCCGUUGGAUGGUUCCAUUGUGAGCCACCCCGGCCAGCCCCUGCCCUGGGAUCAGAGGGGCAGGGCUACCAUUGACCUAUAUACACCAAGGUCUGAACUUGAACAUUCUACUUUUGCUGAUGCAGAAAAUCAGAUGAUGCCUUUUAGUAAGGUCAAGAGAAAAGGGAGGGUUAGAAUCCUUAUCUGUAAAGAUCAACCUCACUAAAAGUAAGAAGGUGGAAAUAAGUUUCCCACCUCAAGAGUGGCAGGUCAUGUCUACUAGGGCCUGGCUAGAGAGGAUGAUGAGGCAAGCAAUGUUCAGAUGGUCCUGCCAACAGCACACAAUGCACGUGGCAGGCUUGGAAUCCUGCAGCCCUCCCCUGGGCUGAUUCACCCUGGAGCGGCUCCACCAGAAUCCCACUGUUCUAGUUUGCUAAUGCUGCCGAAAUGCAAAACAACAGAAAUGGAUUGGCUUUUAUAAAAGGGGGUUUAUUUGGUUACAAAGUUAUAAUCUUAA